AUGAGGAAAAAAGACAUUACAUUACGAGAGUUUAUCCACGUUUACGCGACGACUCAAGGGUCCGGUGGUUAUGGGGAGCGCCCUGCUACUCGUGCCAAACGGCUCACAGAGGCUGUCUACGGCCAGCCAGAGGUCUUAGACGCGCUGCGACAACAUGCCGCACCUCGUGCGACAGGUAUUGCCACCAUCAAGGCGCUGAGGAAGGAAAUGAAAGCACUGGAAGAAGCCGGAGAGAUGUUCAGUGCUUGUCAAGUCGACGGUGACCAAGAGAAGAGUCUACCUGCUGACACGGGGAAAAAGAACCGGUCAAAGGGUCAGAAGGUCGAGGACUAUGAGCGCAUACUUGGCGACAUGCAAUUUGAGAAGAUGUAUGAGCAAGUCGGCACUCAUGCUCCUCUUCUCUGUGGAUUGCUCAAUGGUCUCAUGGCGCCCAAGACGGAGAGGAAAGAUCGACCACCAAGAGAUCCUGCAAAGUUCAACCAUAGGAUUGCGAUAAUCACGUCGAUUCUUUGCUAUUCUAGGGCGUCCGAAGGGAGCAACAAGUUCCCCCGGGUGUUUGGUGCCUUCCUACACUCAAAUGGCGUGAAACGGCGUGUCCUCGAUCUUCUUCACCAGUUGGGGCUUUGCGAAGGCUAUAAGGGGGUCCACAGGCAUCUCGAAACCGUGGCAGAACAAGCAAAGGCAUCCUCGCCGGCUCUCAGUGUUGACGUAGACUGA